AUGAUCGACAGCUUCCACCGCAUCAAGGAUGUCCAAGAGCUCAAUGAGAGGAUCUUGCAACGCCUCAGCCUAGAUGGCGUCGAUGGAAUAUCGUGUCUGGCUUUUCCAUCGCUACCUGGCGCCUCUCGGUGUGCAAGGGCAAUCCAAGAAGCAGGUGGUACCGAAAACACAGUUAUUCCUGUACAAUUCUCCCGACCCGAUAGCCUUCCAGGUGAAAAUUCUUGGUUGGAUAUUCACGCUAUAAUUUUUCCGUCUGAAUAUUUUAGUGCGGCUUUUCUCUGCUGGAUUCAUACUGGAGACGGGAUCUCCCCUCGCCAUGCCGCAUUCUGCCUCACUGGAUUGGAUUACCUCCAGUCCAUAUCAAUUAACCCUGCAUUCUGCACUGCUAGCCCUAAGACACUAACCGUGAAGGGGGAGCAUGUUCCAUCGUUACACACCUCCGGGGUAGUCGAACGGGAUUGCAUAAAAGAAGAAAUUGCGACCCUUGUUCAAUCGGAGGAUCUUGAGCAAGUGCCUCCGUCACCCAGCGAUGUCUUUUUAUAUCCAGGUGGAAUGGCUGCGGUCAAUGCGGUUGCACGAGUUGUGGGGGACCUGGAGAUCAACACAGGAGUUUUUGCCUUUGGUUGGUUAUACACGGAAACUAUGAAAGUACUCGAGCACCGCUGGCCGGAUAUCACAACCUACAAAAGGAGCGGCGACAAUGAGCUUGAUCAACUCGAAGCCUCCCUCAGAGCAGGAACAGAGAUCAACGCCUUAUGGGUCGAUGUACCUUCCAAUCCACUGCUUGUCACGCCCGAUAUGCCCCGAAUCCGCCGCCUAGCAAAUGAGUAUCACUUCUUGGUUUUGAUCGACGGCACAGUGGGCACAUUCGUGAAUGUCGACCUUUUGCCAUAUGGGGAUGUGCUUAUGUCUAGUUUGACCAAGAUUUACAGUGGAUACGCCAAUGUACUGGCGGGCAGUGCUGUUGUCAACCCCCAAUCGUCUCAUUACGAAAGUUUGCACCGGCAAUUGACCACAUCCUACGAGAACACCUUAUUCCCUGGGGAUCUUGCUAAGCUAAUUCCUCGGGUUAAAGCUACAAACAAAAAUGCCGAAAUCGUCGCUGCCAAGUUGGCUGCUCACCCUGCCAUAGAGCGAGUCAACUUUCCAACUAUGACUGCACGCAAAAACUACGAGAGUAUCCGCCGCCCAGGUGGAGGCUACAGUAAUUUGAUGAGCAUCAUUUUCCGAGAAAACGAAACCGCUCUCCGAUUCUACGAUCGAGUGGGUAUCUUCAAAGGAGCCAGCUUUGGGACCGUAUUUACACUUUCAACUCCAUUUGCCCAAUUGGCAACGGACGAGAACCGACGACUUUAUGCAGAGGCGGGUAUUCCGAGCCAUAUUGUUAGAAUGAGUAUAGGGGCGGAGGAUGUGGAUACCAUUCUGGAUACUCUUCUCAAAGCUCUCGCAACAGCUAUCUUGCGAGACUAA